GAACUCCCUACUGCACAUGAGCCGGUUACAGUGAAUUAUGUUACACUUGGAUCAGAACAUCUAGCAGAACCACAGACUUUUGACCGGAAGGAUUUUGGGUGCUUCAAGGGCCUACCGCGAAGAACUUUCAGGGAGGACAAGGCGGAAAGAAGAAGUCAAGAUGGCGCGCCGGGGCUGCGGGUGCAGCAAGGAGGCCUUUAGGAUUAUCCUAUGGAUGUCCUGGGUUACAAACAUGAUCAUAACGACGAUCUAUUACAUCCUUUCUGCCGUGACUUUCUACAAGCUGCUCGCUGCAUCAGGGAACAUGACUUUCGACCCGAAACAGCUCUCCUUAGACCGAAUUUGGCGUGCUCCCCUUGCGGCGACGUUGCUUGGGGCGCUGCUGGUGUUCGGAUUCAACAUUUUCAGCUGCUGCAUUUUGCUCAAGCGGUCCAUCAACCGCAGCGGCCCAGGGUUUGGCUAUGGCUUCAUGGUAGCCUUCUGUUUCACCCUGGCCUUCUUCUGCCUUCUUGUUGGUCUUAUCAUGGACGGCUUCAGAGAGGUUAUCGACACACAGCUUACCGAGAAACCAGUCUCAAGCAACAGCACGGUGUCAGCCGUCCUUGACACGAACUGGACCAAGUACAGCACGGAGCUUUACGUCGGCGCCGAGGUGUUUGCCUUCAUCUGCUUCGCCAUGUUCAUCAUUUUCUUCCUGACGCUCGUCAUCUUCCAAGCCGCUGUCACGGACCACCUCGGCAUCAACACGGAGAUGAGCAACCCGUACGUGCCUAUGGCUGAUGGCGCGGCCCUGGGCCUGGCCGCGGCUGGAGGUGCUGCCGCCGGCGCUGGUACUGCCCCGGAAGGCAAGGCAGCUUCCUCAACUGACCCGCAGUUCAACACGACACCCUACAACCCUAAUGAGUACAUGAGCAGCGACCAGUACAACCAAUACUACAGCACGCAGUACAACCAGGGCGGCGACGCCUACCAGACGACCACCGAGUUCAACACCAACGAGUACGCAUACGACCAGUCACAGGGCUACCAAGCCCAGUACGACAACACCGGCUACAGCGCCGUGCCUGCCGGUGGCCUCGCUGCUGGCGCCGCAACCCCCGCUUAUGCCGCACCUCCGCCGCCGGCCUACAACGACCACACGGCGGCGUCGACGGCCGCCUUUUACGCCCAGCAAGGCGCCUACGCCGCGCCGACGACCUAUGGAACACCGGUGGCGAACCGCGAGCAGACGCUUUAAGGAAGAUCUGCUGGGUAUCUUAACAACAGGGACCCUAAUUUGGGUGACUGUCACGAGUUCUCAUAGGGUAUUGCGGGUUCCCGACUGCUGUGGGCUACUAGGUUCCCGCGGAUAGGGGUGCACUACAUGGCGGUAAGGCCAGGUGCUGAAAUGCGCUUCGCUGCAACCUGCCUUGUUUGCACCCAGACUGGGACGUUUAGCGAAGAAGCAAUAUUAUAGUGGUGUGCCUGUGCAAUGCCUGUGUAACGAUGCUUGACGGCUAUGGCAAUUAGGGUCAGCUGCGCCCUGCUUCAUUAAUAGCUGCUACCAUUUACGGUGACCAGGGAGUUCAACGUGAUCGUUUAUCCCUUCAUAAGAGUGAAAGUAUAGAUAGCCAAUCCCGGAGGCAACGAGCGUCUAUGUUUCGAGGGGAUGUUAGUGUUGUGUCCUGGGUGUGGGACGGGGACUGCUGUCCACACCUGGCCGGCAGUUUCUUACUCGUUUCGUAGGCGGUGUACGGUGGAUGCCUUCCACGGAGGAUGCUCAGCAACGUGGGCUAUGGGGACUACGGUGCAUGUACGGCAUAGAGUGCUUGGUGUGUUCUAUGCGUGCUUAGGACCCGGAGUAGCGCACAUGAAGUGCUAUUGUAAGGACAUGGCUUGAAGAAAAAGGUCCAAGUCCUGGUGCUGAUCCAGGACGUUGGCUUUGCGGCAUCAAGUUAGCUGAUGCCAUGGCACCGUGGCUGGUUUCCUGCGUACGUGAAGGUCCUGCAUUGCGUUCACAUGUUCAAGGGAGAUGCGCGGACCGUUUUGUGUCGCGGGGCCCACUUUGUAAGACGACAUGACAGUGUA